AAGGUUGUUGCUGACGCGCGCGCGUGCCACAAAUUUCCGUUCUCCUUUGUCGUGCCGAAGCACCAGUUAAGUUUUAAAGUUUUUGGCUAGUUAAAACCACCAGUUACGGUUGUAUAAUUAUCGCAUCAUCUGUUAAACCGACUGUCGUUAGUUAUCGAGUGCUUUACGGCCGUUAAGUUGGAAAAGGCAAAAUCACCUCAUCGCGACUCUGGUCCGGUUUCGUCAGCGGAGCAAGUCUGUGUUGGCCGUUUUAACCGUUAUGUCUGCGAAGCAACGCAGCUAGAAGCACAGACGGCGGAGAAGUGUACCGAAGAAACGAUCGCGGGAAAGCGGGUUCACAGGUUAGCAGGAAAGGUAUCAAUCAGCCAGUGACGUCCCACGUGGCACAACAAUGCCGUUGAUGCAGCUUACCAAUUGAGAUUACCAAGGUACCGAGGCGAGGUAGAGCCCCCUUUGCGAGUGUGUAAAGUGUGACCGGGUUAUCGUCGCUAUCGUGCGGUGAAAAGGGCCGCCCUGUGAUCCGUGGGUGGUUUUUCCCGAUUUAUCAUAUUACGCCAUUGCGGGGCGAAAUGCGAAGUGUGCUCGUUUGGCCGCAGGUUCAUCUAAAUGGUGCUUUUCGUCGCCGGAGGAGGAAGCAGCAGCAGCAAUGACGCAAGCGAAGGAGCUAGAGCUAUCGAAGGAUGUGGCGCCGGCGGGCGACGGUGGGGGCGGUCUCGGCACCGGCUUCCAUAAUCAUCCGCUCCAUCCCGCGCCGGUUUCCGCCACCCCGCACCGGAGUCACCCGCUGGAGGCGCACGGUGGCCAUACGACGUACGUGUUUCCGGGCUCCUCGUCCCAGCUGGGAACGGCGGCGGGUGGAGGGACCACGGUCUCCCAGGCGGUGCAGGCGGCGCAGCUGAUCGGCGGGGGGCCGACGGUCGGCUCGACGAACUCCACAACGACCGGUCGGAUAUUGCUGGAGUACCCGCGAACGACCGGCGGUGGCCAUUCCCGUUCCGUCAGCCACGGCGAGGGCUCGCUCGGAGGAAUGGUGGGUAGCGGCGGGGCGGCCGGACGCCCGUCGGCCCUCAAGUCAGCCGUCAAGGGUGGUCACCAGCGGGCCCUCUCCCAGGGCCAAAUCAUGGACGCACCUUCGGCGGCGACGCGCGGACACAGUCGCGUCGGCUCGAAGACGGACUUUAUCCUUCCGCCGGGCCACAAGGAGCAGCCGGAGCCGCGCGACACGGCCGCACCACUGUCGGCCGGCUCGAUCAAGGGCCACUCCCGCCAGGCGUCCCGCUCCGAGUCGAUCUACACGCUGCGCCGGGCGAACAAACCGCCCUGGUGGAAGCGGCUGGUCUACUGCCGCACGGCCAGCGCCAAGCUCGAGGACCGGGGCUACCGGAUAGUGGUACCGAACCACACCGUCCCCCCGAAGACCCCCAAGCGGGACCACCCGAACGGGCGACUGUGCGGCAACAAGAUCCGCACCACCAAGUACACGCUGCUGUCGUUCGUUCCGAAGAAUCUGCUCGAGCAGUUCCACCGGAUCGCGAACCUGUACUUCAUCUUCAUCGUGCUGCUGAACUGGUUCCCGCAGAUCAACGCGUUCGGCAAGGAGAUCGCCAUGAUACCGGUGCUGUUCGUGCUCGGCGUCACCGCCAUCAAGGACCUGUUCGAGGACCGGCGGCGCAAGGCGUCCGACAAGCGGAUCAACAACUCCACCUGCCGCGUCUACAACGGCGAAUCGGAGCGGUACAAGAAGGUCCUCUGGCAGGAUGUACGCGUCGGCGAUCUGGUGCACCUCUCCAACAACGAGACCGUCCCGGCCGACAUACUGCUGCUCAAGUCCAGCGACCCACACGGCGUCUGCUACAUCGACACAUGCGACCUGGACGGCGAAACCAACCUGAAGCGACGGCAGGUGGUACGUGGAUUCGUGGAGAAGCAGCACAUCUUCGCACCGAACAAGUUCACCAGCCGCAUCGAGGUGGACGCGCCGUCGACGAAGAUUUACCGCUUCCAUGGUGCGGUGAUUCAUCCCUCGGGCGAGCGCGUUCCGGUUUCGACGGAUUGUCUACUGCUAAGGGAAAGCCGUCUCAAGAACACGGACUACGCCGAGGGAAUCGUCGUGUACGCUGGUCAUGAGACGAAGGCUAUGCUCAACAACAGCGGGCCACGAUACAAGCGGUCCCGGAUUGAGCAGCAGAUGAACCUCGAUGUGAUAUGGUGCGUUAUCAUCCUGAUCGUGCUGUGCAUCAUUGGUGCCGUCGGCUGCAAGCUGUGGCUUUCGUUCUACGCCGACGGCUCCGACGAGACCGAGGGCAACGGCGAUGCCAACAACGACACAUUCCGGACACCAUUUCUCCCGUUCAAGAUCAGCCCCGAUUACGAGGGGCUGCUAGCCUUUUGGACGUUUGUCAUUAUCUUGCAGAUCAUGAUACCACUGUCGCUGUACGUUACGAUCGAGCUGUGCAAGCUGAUGCAGGUCUACCACAUACACAACAACACCGAGCUGUACGAUCCGGACUCGAACAAGCGCACCGAGUGUCGGGCGAUGAACAUCACCGAAGAGCUCGGCCAGAUACAGUACGUGUUCUCCGACAAGACGGGCACGCUGACGGAGAACCGGAUGAUAUUCCGACGGUGCACAAUCGUCGGCGUCGACUACAACCAUCCGGAGACGGAGGAGGAGAAGGAGAUGAAUAAAAUCGGCGCUCCGGUUCCGAUCCUGCAGCCAAAUCUUAGUCUGCUGGAAAACUUUCGUGGCAGCACGCAAUCAUCGUUGGAGGCGAGUCCGGAAGCGAGAAUGGGUGGUACGGACGGGGCUUCUUGUGAGCCGGUGGGCAAGCAGAUACAGGAGUUUUUCCUCAUACUAGCCAUCUGCAACACGGUGGUGGUAAGCGCUACUCCCCACCGGGACAAUAUGAAUGCAAGCGGUGUGAUAGAAUUGAACGAUAGCGACACGAGCGUAACGCUUGUUCGUCCGGCGUUGGUAGACUCGGACGGAGGCAGUUUACCGCUAGCGGCCGAGCAGACGAACGCAUCGGUUGGGGAUCGGUACGCGCGGCUCACCGAGUCCCGCUCGAUCACACCGUCUCCGCCGCCCAGUGCGCCCAGCUCGCUGCCCCUCAAGACGACCCACGUGCCAUCGCUAUCCCCGAUCAGUAGCUCGGCCGAAACGUCACCCAUGUCGGAGAGUCCUCCUAUGCGCAUCAAAUCGAUGACCACACCUACGGCCCGAGUGAAAUCGCUCGUUGCUAAGCUAAGCAACGUGGCGAGUGGUUCGCGUGGGGCCAGUGUGUUCAAAAGUACCGACCGGAGUAGCACGGGCAGCGGCACGAGCACCGGAGGGGUGAAGAAUCGGUUUUCGUCCACAAACAGCAGCGGUGCGGCGGCAAAGUUUCACAAAUCCUUCUCACAAGGCUCCUCGACGACGUCUCCGGCUGCCAGCCGACCGAUCUACGAGGCGGAAAGUCCCGAUGAACUGGCGCUCGUUAAUGCUGCGUUCAGCUACGACUGCUGCCUGGUGAAUCGGAGUCCGAACCAUGUCCUCGUCAGCGUACCAGGCGAAGGCGUGAUCGAGUACGAGAUGCUGAAGGUGUUGCCAUUCGACUCCGCUCGCAAGUGCAUGUCGGUCGUAGUGCGGCGCUCCGGGACGCAGGAUGUGGUGCUGUACACGAAGGGCGCCGACAGUAGCAUCAUGCCCAACCUGGUACCGUGUACACCCGGCUCGGAGGAGUAUCGGUUGCGGGAGCAAACGCAACAUCAGCUAAACAUUUACGCACGCCAGGGAUUGCGCGUGCUGGUGAUGGCCAAGCGUAAGCUAGACCCAACCGAUUUCAGCGAGUGGUACAGCAAGCACGAGGAGUGCGAACUGAGCAUGGAAAACCGGGAGCGUAAGAUCCGCGAAUCGUUCACGGCGCUCGAGCGGGGACUAACGUUGGUCGGCACAACCGGCAUCGAGGAUCGACUGCAGGAGGGCGUGCCUGAGACGAUCAGUUCGCUGCUGCAGGCCGGCAUCGUAAUCUGGGUGCUCACGGGCGACAAAGCAGAAACGGCCAUCAACAUCGCGUACUCGGCGAAACUGUUCAACUCGCAGAUGGAUAUCCUCAAGCUGACCGCACGUUCACGUGACUCGGCCGAGGCGUCCAUCAACUUUUACCUGAACGAAAUCGAAAAGCAGCUGAACAGCAACGGCGGCAGAACCUCGAUCGAUGAUGCCGAUUCGUUUGAUCAGCUGGACAAAACGCGCGCCCUCGUCGUGGAUGGGAAAACGCUCACGUUUAUUUUGGACCUGCGGUCGAACCUAACCAAGCCAUUCCUAAGACUGACUCGGUACUGCGCCUCGGUGCUGUGCUGCCGAGCGACCCCGCUCCAGAAGGCGUUCCUCGUGAAGGUGGUGAAGGAGGAACUCCGGAUCAGUACGCUCGCGAUUGGAGAUGGGGCGAACGAUGUUUCCAUGAUACAGAUGGCCGACGUUGGUGUUGGUAUUUGCGGACAGGAGGGCAUGCAGGCGGUGAUGGCAUCCGACUUUUCGAUUGCCAAGUUCAAAAUGCUUGAGAAGCUGCUGCUCGUUCAUGGCCACUGGAACUACGAUCGUUUGGCACGGAUGAUCAUUUACUUUUUCUACAAAAAUGCGGCAUUUGUGUUCCUUCUGUUCUGGUAUCAGUUCUACUGUGGGUUCUCCGGUGCCGUCAUGAUCGAUGAGGUGUACCUGAUGAUUUACAACCUGCUCUUUACCGCCUUGCCACCGCUGGCGAUCGGAGUGUACGACAAGAAAAUCAUAGAUGAUCUACUUUUAGCAUAUCCACAAUUAUAUCAACACGGUCGCCGGGGGAAAGGCUACAAAUGGUCAACAUUUUGGAUAGUGAUGCUCGACGCCGUGUACCAAAGUUUGGUGAUAUUUUUCGUAGCGAAGGCAGCGUACUGGGGUUCGGAUGUGGACAUAUGGGUGUUCGGGACGACAAUCACGUCCUCCUGCCUGUUUACGAUGCUGCUACAUUGUGCCAUAGAAAUAAAAUCAUGGACCAUACUACACGUCCUGUCGAUCGCGAUCAGCCUCGUGUCGUUCUACGCGUUUGCGUUUGCAUACAAUUCGGUUUGCGUGACCUGCUUCGGCCUGCCAUCGAACUACUGGGUGAUCCACAUGAGCAUGAGUACAAUACAGUAUUACCUGAUAACGUUGCUAACCGCUGUACUUGCCCUACUGCCACGGUUCACCUACCGCGUCGUCAAAAACACCCUCUGGCCAUGCGAGGGCGUGCGGGUGACGCUGCAGUAUAAAGAAGAGAAACGAAGAGGUGAGAAUCUGCUGGUAACCUGGUCGCGUUCGACAUCCGCCUCGUCCAUAUUCAGAACCGCCCAUCACAGGACUUCGCAUAAGACUGUAAUGAAACGGUAGCUGGAAAUAUGGACUGUUGGAGAAAUGUGUCGAAAUCACUGCGCACCGUGAAGGAGUAGAUGAUGAGUCAGUCUCCAUUCCAGCACGUACGUCGGGGCCGCACUAACUAAUGUGAUUGACUGUGAAGAAGACAAAUAUGCAGAGAAAAAAAAACGAUGAGAUAAUCGGAACAGAAAGUGUCUCAAUUUUCCAGUGAUAUCCAAAACAAUCAAAACUAACGAAACAGGAACAUUGUUCUGGCGGCCUUAACACAAUGCUAGUUGACUGAGUUCAGGCUAGCGAACAAAUACAUAUGUCAACAUAGUAGAUAAGUGCAAACUGUGCGUUUGUUCAUAUCCUAACACUGAAUGUAUUAACACGAACGAAUAUUCUCGUGCUCUUGUGUAAAUUUUUCUAUGCUUCUUUCGUUGCAUCCGUUCCUCAGAUGUAACGACUGAGUUAUAUGCUUUAUGAUUGAGAGGAACAAACUAUUCAUUGUCUUAGUAUGCGUAAAAUAUGUGAAUAUGAAAGGAAAGUCCAAGGGAAAGGAUGUGUUAAAUGUGGAUACGACCACGGCUGUGAAAGAAUGUUUAUUGGAGUGCCCUAGGAAUGAACUUGAGAAGCGUUGCAUCAUGAGCAUCGGUAGAAAACCAAGGACUUAUCAAAUGAUUAAUCAGCACAUGCAAGGUACUAGUGUAGCGUAAACGAAACUAGCUAAGAUGACAAUAAAAGGUAAAAACAGCCGUGACUAUGAACUAUAAAGAGUAUGAGUAGAGGAACAGCAGUAUGCAUUUAAUUGAGAUAAAUAAGAGACGAGACGAUAAGUAAAUCAAGUUGGUAGACGUCUAAUGGCUAUCAAGUGCCUCCUGAUGGCUGAAGAAAACGCUUCGUUCACGAGUAAUUCGAUAUUUAGAAACAUUAUUUAUAUGUGACUGCUACAAGCAACAAAGUUUACAACUAGACAAAACUAAACCCAUCAUGAGACACUAAUUCAAUAACAAAACCAGGUAGAAACAUCGCUUCUAAUGAUACAAUAUGGGUGGUUUAACGCAAAUGUGAAUUUCGUAGAGCUAACCAAGACGAAGGAAAGCUUGGCAAUACCUGAAGCGAUACAUAAGCGUUAUAAGCGAAAACUUAUGCGGUGUAUCCCGUUUUAAGUAAUUACUUAGCUAUUGCCCAUAGUAUCCUAAUGCGCUGUACAUAAUGUGAGCAAACUAUGCAACUAGGGAGCAUCCAAAAUAUCAAGAAGGCAAAAUUAUGAUAACAGACAGCAACACCGCUGAGAAAAAGAUGAAAUAUUUUUUAUACAAUGCGAUGGAAAAGAA